CAUGACACCUACAAUCAUCUCAAAGGAGCAUCUCCCUCUCAACAACAAGUCGAGAAAGCCAAUAGUGGAGAAGAUGCGCAGAGAACGUAUCAACAGCAGCAUUGAGCAGCUCAAGUGUCUUCUGGCUCCAGAGUUUCUCAACCAGCAGUCUGAUUCCAAGCUGGAGAAAGCAGAUAUCCUGGAGAUGACAUUACAGACUCAGUCUCAUGUGAGACGAAAGAGAGAGACUGUUCCUGCAUCAUCUGGACUCCACAGUCUAAUUCAACCUAUUCCUUCCCCUGGAGGCAACCAAAGGCUGCAAGAUUUCAAGGAGCAACAAGCCAAGUCUAUAUUAGACACAAAAGGAUCUGGACCACUUUGGUUCACAAAAUUUCUCUCUGAUAUCCAGAGACUAUUAAAUUGAUCCGGUUUUAUCAUACACAUCUAUUAGAUGUCACUGACAAUAUUACUGGAAAUUAAAUUCUUGCUUUUGCAAUUUUUGGGUAUUGUUGAAUAUAUUUUUAUGCACCUUCCAUGAAGGUAAUCGCAUUUUAUUAUGAGACUGUAAAUCUCGUAUUUGAUGUAAAAUCUUUACUUUAUUUAAAGCACAGAUAUCCCACAUUGGGAUUGAGUUCUGAAUAUUUGAUCAAUGUGAUAAAUGCUUCGAUGUCCUUAUAGGACAUGUGAUCAUAUCAUAAGAUCAUGUUAUUGUUUCUUCCAUUUUCUGCUAUACAAUGCAGUUAACUCACUUCUGUUGAGGGUACUACUUGAGAAUGUUCAUGUUGUGCAUGAUAUUUUGUCCUUUAGAAGAAUAUAUUAACUGUUAAGUACUUUAACAUUAAAGCAUUAACAGUUUCUGUUGAAACCAGUGAUGUGCUUUAAAGUGACCCCUUAAAUAUUCAUGUGGAGAUGAAAAUGUUAAUAAUUUUACUUGCCAAUAAUGCUGUGGUGAAUGUUACAUAACUUUUGUAAAGUUUAAUGUUUUUGAUGUGUACUCUAGCUUGCAUCUGAUGUGUUUUAGAGGUCUCUUCAUGCAAAUGUUGUGAUAUGUAAUCACCUCUUUAUUUGCAUUCAUAACUAAAUGACAUCAAGUCAUCACAAAACAGGAAAAUAA